UAUCCAUUUGUUAUUUUCCUCUGUCAAAGGAGAAAACAAGAUAUCCGUUUGUUGUUUUCGUCUGUCAAGGAAGACAACAAUAUAUCCAUUUGUUAUUUUCGUCUGUCAAAGGAGAAAACAAGAUACCCGUUUGUUAUUUUCGUCUGUCAAAGGCGACAACAAUAUAUCCAUUUGUUAUUUUCAUCUGUCAAAGGAGAAUACAAGCUAUUCGUUUGUUGGUUUUGUCUGUCAAAGGAGAAUACAAUAUAUCUGUUUGUUGUUUUCGUUUGUCAAAGGAGAAUACAAGAUAUUCUUUUGUUGGUUUUGUCUGUCAAAGGAGAAUACAAGAUAUUCUUUUGUUGCUUUCCUCUCUCAGAGGAGACUACAGGAUACAUGUAUAACACACUCCAAUAUUGCUGAUGGUCGUUUAUCAUUGAACAUUAUAAGAUAUCAAGGUGGUGGUUCUCGUCUAUUAAAAGUGAUUGCAAACGAUCCGAUCGUUCUGUUCUGUGACAGUUAAAUUCAAUAAAAGUGAUUGUUCUCGUCUGAUGUUGUCUGUGAUUGGACACAACCGGAUAAGUGAUCGCCAUCGUCUACAUACAAAAGAGACAAUGUAUCUGCUGAUUCUCAUAUGCCAUCAAAGAAUAAAAUAAAUAAGAUAAUUCUCCUAUUUUAUAAGAGACUGCAAGGUAUCUUAUCGGCUGUGUUUGUCUAUUUAGUCGUCUGUCAUAAACAUCUGACAGUCUGUCUAUGUAGAAGAUAGGAGGCUACUGAGGAUGUAAGCACCAGCGAUGACAAUCUCCAUGGUGAAAUGCAACUGGCUUAAGGUCAUAGCAAUCGGAGGAACACUUGUCUACUGUAUUAUACUGAUUCUCUUGCACUCCAGUAUAGUACGACCACACAAGAAAGACAUUGAUCACGUGGCAGUACCACGUGCCCGUCAGCUGAUUGUUUUGUCACACCCCAGGAGUGGGUCAUCACUGACCGGUGAUAUCCUGCAGCACGCUGUCCAGUCGUUCUACGUAUUUGAGCCACUACACGCAUUAGAGAAUAUGUUGUCCAAGAAUGUUACGUCAGUGAAACUUGUUAACGGGAACACUGUAGCGAUUUCGCACGCCAGCUUUAUUGCAAGGUCUAUGGAUAUCCUUGAAGCCUACAUGACGUGUGACUUCCGGUCACUAGACCACGUGACACUCACUGACGGAUUACAGCUGAUGAGCCACAAGUACAUACCCUUUUUAACUUGUGUUGAGGACAAAACCAACAACACGGUAUACAUGAACAAUGCUGUAUCCUUGUGUCUGAGACUAUUGGAGAGGGCGUGUCAGGACUCGAGGUUUAUUGUGAUAAAAACAGUAAGAGUAGCCAUGGUAGACCUGCUCAGUCUAAUAACUAAAUACCCCUCCUUAGGUAUACUGCAUCUGAUACGGGACCCCAGAGCAGUGCUGUACUCAAAAAGCAAGUUCGGUGUUGAUCUACAGAGAAACACACAUUUAAAAGCGCGUUCCGAGUGUAAAUCCCUUAUGCGCGACAUGGAUACAGCUUUGAGACUAAGAGUUAUCUUCCCUUCCAGAGUGAACUCCUUAUACUAUGAGACCUUGGUCACGAGACCAUUAGAAACGUCGGAAGCAUUAUACAAUGGAUAUAGGUUAACUUACACGGACCAGAUACGGUACCAUAUUGACAGGAUCACACGGGCUGGCGGGAAAACUCAGUGCUCCAGGUUUAAUGGAUUGUGUCUGGAAAGCACCAAUUCCUCUCAAAAUGUAAAUACCUGGAAAAGACAGCUCAGCAGAAAGAUUAUAAAUAUUAUAGAUGUAAAUUGUAAGUCUUUGUAUAAUAGAACAAACUAUUUCUAUAGUCGUAUGACAUUGAAGAGAAACUGAUUCCUCUAUAAUGGCUUGGAUUGAGGGUGUGUUAUUUCCGUUCUCAGGGCAAAAAGACUUAUAGAAGAGCUUUUUUAAUAUUUAAUGUAAAAACAUUGUGUUUUAAUA